CAGUCUCAAACUCUCGUCUUCAAACUAAUCAAACUUUAUCUAUAAAAAAUAGUAUUCUCUAUUGUCUAUUGAUUACUUCGUCCCAACUUUCAUUUAGUAUUUCUUCACUUGUACUUUACUUAAUACUUAUUUCAAUAUUUCACAACUUGUGCAACAGAUUUAGUGAUGGCCAGUGUUGUUGUCGUUGGGCUAGGUCUGGCCGCAGCUGGAUUUGCUGGUCGACAAGUAUUACGAGUGGCCCCACAAGUAGCUCAAAAAAUGAGUGAAGUUCUCAAGACAAUGUCAUCCGAAUCUGGAAUUUUGUCAAGUAGUAAAUAUCAUAAAGGUGGAUUUGAACCCACCAUGUCCAAACGUGAAGCCACACUCAUACUUGACGUGUCAAAUAAUGCUCCAAAAAACAAAAUCAAGGUAUUUUUGAUAUUUGUUUCAGGAUGCACACAAACGUAUCAUGUUGAUCAAUCAUCCAGAUAAAGGCGGUUCACCGUACCUAGCUGCAAAGAUAAACGAGGCCAAAGAUCUUUUGGAUAAAAAAUAAACAUCGUCCACCGAAUUGUAGUGUAAAUAUGUGAAUGUAUAAAAAUAUAAUAUAUUAUCAUUUUUAUCGGUAACUUUUA